GGAACAGCUUUCGUGGGUAGAACACAAUGGCGUUAACGUAGUCGAUGGGUUGACUGCAUGGGCACGGAGGACAAAGGAGCAGAAUCUGCAUGCGGAGUCCUGUUGCCGUGCACAAAAACCUAGUUAGGCCUAUAUAGUUCAACUUUCGUUCCAAUUUUCUUUCAUGAUGGCAGGAUCAGAAUUGACCGUGCUCAUGGUGCUUGGUACCGCAUAUGUUCAGUUACGUCUACCUAUUGGUAUUUGAAUAGUUCUUCGUAACUGAUUGGAUAUCGUCCAUUAUCUGUGGACAGUUAUAGCUGGAGAUGCGUCUGUUUACUUAGUUGAGUCACGAACAAGAUCAGCUACGCGUCUAAACCAUACAGGUCCAGAAUGCGCAACACAGCUGGGAGAAACUGUAACUUCUAGUAUCAUCUGGAUGCUUGCUACUUGUCGACAUUGUGGUUGUUUUCUACAUCACCAUGGCGACGGACUACGCACAAUGUGAGUAGCUACAAACCCUAAUCCUCUGCACCACUGCAGAGGGAAAUGAAACCGAACUAGGAUUUCCUUGUCACUUUCGAACGGAUGUAGUAUUCACACCAAUCUAAAUUGGAUGUAAUAUUUACGCCAUCCAACUUGUUUGUGAAAACUUGGUUACUAACAAACAACACCAUGCGUUCCGUUCAACCUUGGUGGAAGGACACCAACCAAUCAAGUGAAUUAUAGUGGUAAAUUUUGGACAUCCCCUUCGAGCCUUGCUCUAUGCUCCAAGUCAGGAGAUUACCCACGUUGAAAAGUGACAGCAGGUUUUAAUUGGAUUGUGAUUAAGAGUCUGCAACGCCAGUGGAAUUUUUAAAACUCGAUAUGGAGGCAGGCACAAGGAAUCACAUCACAGACGCCAGAACGGUCUCGAUGGCCCGUCUGCAUCGCCACUCUGCCACCGGCCGUCACCGGCGGCUUGCAGCCGCCGAGAGAGGCUUUAUGUCGGUCAGUGCCGUGGAGUUCAAUCGGUAUCGCCGACGGGAUCGAAUAAGUUUUCCACAAGAGGAAGCUGAUCUUCAAAAGAAGGGACUGAAAAAAUCCUCACUACAGCCAAUGGCACAUGAUGUGCGGUUUGGACCCAAUGGACGGCCGAAGUUCAUGUCUGCUUCUUUCUCUCCUGGCCAGUUUGGAGACCAUGGGCACUUGCGAGAUAGUGAGAGGCGGAUCAGUGCAAGCAAUAGCAAAGUCAUUGUGUCAUACCUCAGGAGACAGUUGCGACAACGUCUCCUCCAAGGAGCAGGAUCAGAUGAUUUACUUGUCAGUGAUGAGGAAUCUAUGGGUGAUGAUGCUACACUUCAUAUACCCAGCAAUGUGAAUGUUGGGAGACGCAACUUGUUUUCCAGGUACACUGAUUAUGGUGGACGAAUAAGCCGAGGAAGCCUGAUCAGUGCUGAAGGUCAAAGGUUGGAGAAUAUUGCAAGUGAAGUAAUUGACCAGUCAUCAUCAAGGCAAUCCAGUGCACAUCCCAUCCUACCUCAAGUCAUUGUCGAGGGCGACAAGGCUACCGAGCUUAAAGGAAAUGACCUUUGGGCUUUGGACCUUUCUAGUGGCAAAAUGCCGCUGCUCAACGACACCAAAUCAGCAAAUGACCUACAUGAAGCAACAACCUCCGGGGAAGCCACUGCUGUAAAAACUGAAGCUGCAAAGCAGUCAGCAUCCAAACCUGUAGAUGCUUCUCAGAAGGGUUUUAGGAGUGGUUCCCCUGCAUUAAGUAUCAAGUCAUUGAGAUCCAAUGGUAGUGGCGAGAGCCAUGAAAGUUGGCAUGAUGGUGGACAGGUGAAGUCACACUUGCCUAAGAUCGAGCAAAUGCCCAGUGGUCACAGCGUUAGACCUCAGUCUUCCAUGUCAGUUGAUGAGAACAUCCGACUACCAGCAAUCGGCAAGGAAUCCAAAGUUACUGAAAGUAUCACAUCUAGAACUGAUGACAAUUGUGAGUUGAAAAUGGAUAACCCAUCGAGUGGGGAUGACUCUCAGGUUGCAUCAGGCCGUGGUGUGGCAGAACAACCGCUAUCACCCUUAGAUGAUACAGACAGCUGUAUUCUAUCUCGGAAUGAAGUUAGCCCUGUUCCAAGUCAGUAUCCUCUUCUGAAGAAUCUUGAGCUUGCUGACUGUGGAAAGGAUAAAAACAUCAACUGUGUGAUGAAAGGAUACUUUGAUCAGCAGUAUCCGGUGGAAAAGAAAAUCAUCCGGAUUUUCAUCUCUUCAACUUUUUCAGACUUUGAGGCAGAGCGAACAACUCUGGUAUCCAAAGUCUAUCCUCGUCUGCGCACCUACUGCAAGGAGAGGGGCUAUGAGUUCCAAGUGAGUGACCCACACUGGGGUAUGAGAGACAUCACUGAUGACAGCCAUACUUAUGUGCAACACUGCCUGUCGGAACUGACAGAGUGCCAAAAGGUGUCCAUGGGACCAAACUUUGUGUCGAUACUAGGACAGAAGAGUGGCUACACCCGGGUACCAGCCUCCAUAUCUGUGGAGGAUUUUGAGAGGUUGAUAGCAGCAUUACAAACAGCACGGGAGCAAACCCUUCAAACCCGACGUGCCUCGAGGAUUUCUCAGUCAGACACAGUUUCCAUUGGUGAAAGCCAAGAGAGUCAUGAAAGGCGUUUGAGUACUUUGUCAACUGUGACAGAAGGCAAGUCUUCUGUUAGUGAUUCAAUCAAAAAGAGCCUCGGAACAACAAUAGAAGAAGGUGAUGAACAACCACAGCAAGCAGGGCGAUCCAGGAAACUGUCAGACAACAAGAGGCCCCAAGUUCACUCUACGGCUCAUCUUCGAGAGAAAGGUACCCUCAUGGUAAACGUGGUUAGAGCCACCGACAUGGUUAAAAGACGCUGGCCAACAACUCUACUACUACUCAUAGAUGACACCAUUGAGGGUGGAGGGGUAUUUGAUUCAGAUGCUGAGCUAGACAAGUACACAGAGAAGGAGUAUGACAAUGACUUGGGCUUGCUCAAGAAUUGGUUUCAGCUGGAUGAAAACUGUGUUCCUCCUUGCUACAAACUGCAGAGUAUAAGCUCAAUGUUCAAAGAUAUUCAGAGCAAUGACAAGCAGAAGAGACAGCGAGCCAAAAACCAAUGGAUCUUGGUUCAGCGACGCCUCCAGCGAUUACUGCAUCGCUACCUGAAGACUGACAAGCAGCGCAGGGAGUACUUCCUGACAGUUACCGAAAAAGAAGUAGAUUCGGGUAUCCUGAGUACAGAUGCAGAGGUUCAUGGCAGAGUGUUGUCAUUCAAGAGGUUCAUCACUGACCUCCAAGCUCAUCUACAAGACUACAAUGCCAGGGACUACAUUGACCUUCACCCCUUAAGGCCAGAGGUUGAUGCCAUUGCUCAGGAGAGAGUGGAUGAUCUGAAAGAAGUCAGAAUUCCAGAAAAGUUGAAGUACACUGAAAUCCAUGAAUUCUCCACUGACUGGCACAAGGACGGCAUCAAUCCAGCCAUCAACCGCUCCCAUGCACACUACCUCGACAAAUUUGGAAAUGAAUUCUACGAUGCAAUGAAGGUUAUGAUAGAUGGUGCUGCCAGUGUUCAGGCUGGGUCCAGUGUAGUGCCUGAAGACAAUGCUUUCUACUGGCGAGUUGUACCACAUGUGAAUUUUGUUCAAGAGUGUGUCAAGUCUUUCCAUGGAUGCAGUGACAUUUUGACAAGCGUCAAGUGCUACAUCAGGAGCAACUCACAACAUCCUCUUGUCAUCUAUGGCAAGGCAGGCAGUGGAAAAACAUCUCUGGUUGCUAAAGCAACAGAAUUAGUCAGAAGUUGGCUGAAAAGUGAGGAUGCAGCUGUUAUUGUUCGCUUUAUUGGACUGACAGCUGAGUCACAGCACAUCCGGAGACUUCUUGCAGGUAUCUGCACACAGAUCUGCCAUAUUUACUGCCAGGAUACCUCAUCAGUACCAGAGGAUUACUUUGGCCUAAUGAAUGACCUGGAACAUCGUCUGCAUUCAGCCACUGCUGAGAAACCCCUUGUCCUAUUCAUUGAUGCUUUGGACCAGCUUUCUGAUGAGAAUAAUGCUCGUAACCUCAGCUGGCUUCCAAAGUUCCUGCCGGAGCAUGUACAUCUGGUGGUUACCACGCUAACCCACGAGGAGGAACAACAUGAAUGCUUCAAAGUGGUCAAGCGAGCUUUGCCUGGAGAUAGUCUUAUUUCUAUGCCAAGUCUCAACCCCAGUGAUGUGGCUUUUAUCAUUAGCCACAACCUAGCUGCCAGGAAUCGGAGGGUCACUACCGAGCAGCAUGGAGUGGUCAUGAAGGCAUGUGAAGAUAAUGCCAUCCCUCUCUACGUGUCCCUGGCAACUGAAGAAGCUGCCAGGUGGUCCAGUCACAUGACUGGGAGGGCACUGUUCAUGCCAGUUAAUCUGAAGAAGUUCGUGAACCACAUUCUGAUCCACAUGGAGUCUUCCUUUGGUGAGCCUCUGGUCCGUCGCACCCUGGGAUACAUUACUGCUGCUCCAAGUGGACUGUCCUGGUCAGAAUUGGAAGACCUUCUGUCAUUGGAUGACGCUGUAAUGAAUGAUGUGGUGGCGUAUCAUAAUCCAUUGCUACGGCGCCUACCACCUGCAUUGUGGUGUCGGCUGAGGGCAGAGUUGGAGAAGUACUUGCUUGUGGAAAGGGUGGAUGGGUGUUGGACCUACAGGUGGCAGCACAGAGAGUUCCAUGAAUGUGCUACAGAGAGGUAUCUGAAGCAGAAAGACAAGGCCCCUUCCUACCACUUAGCCAUUAGUGAGUAUUUCAUGGGUAAAUGGGCAAUGGUGAAGAAACCUUACCCAGGCAAUGAUGGUGGGGCUGAUCGCUUAGUUGAUCCUAUGCCACUAGUCUGGACUCAUUUCUUCCCAGAUGGUAUGCACAGGCAGGUGUAUAACCUACGCAAGCUGAAUGAGCUCCCUUACCACCUUCUCCAUGCCUCCCAGAUGGAUAAGCUCAAGACAGAGGUCCUUGUCAACUAUGAGUGGACACUGACCAAGCUGAAGGCCACUGGGCUGCGGUCAGUCCUGGAUGACCUUCAAAGUGCCCUUAUUUUCCAGCCUAAUGACGCUGAGCUGCGGCUGAUGAGUGAGACAUUGCAGCUGUCAGUUGGGGCACUGCAGAAGAGUAUUGAUCAGCUGGGUGCACAGCUGAUUGGCCGGCUUUACAACCUGAUCAAGGCUGACAAGCCUGCAUCGGUUGGGGACCCCAAGAAAUACCCCACGGUAGCUGUCAUGCUGGCUGGGCUGAAUCGUAGCUCUGUCCCACUCCUUCUGCCAUCAACAACAUGCCUUGCACAGCCUGGUGGAGUGCUAUUUGAUCUGUUAGCAGGACACACAGAUGUCAUCACAGCAGUCACAGUAUCAUCAGAUAGUAACAUUGCAGGGACAGCAUCUAAGGAUGGUUCAGUCAAGCUGUGGGACCUCAAGAGCAGGAAGGUUGUGAAAACUGUACCCAAUGUUGGAACAGAGGUUGCCACCAUUCGCUUUGCUCUUAAGAACCAUGUUCUGGUCUCUGUUACCCACAACACUAUCCAUGUCUGGGACCUGGACACGUGCACAUGCAUUAAAACUCUGGAUGACGACAUCGACCCACCUAGCAUAACCAUCGCAGGUGAUGACCAACAGUACCUGUGUGCUUUCUUCAGUGGCACUAAUGCCAUGCGGACCUGGGAACUAGGGGAUGGAGACUGUAACCUGGUUUGUAGGCGGGAGAUCUCCGGGCAGGGAAUCCACAAGGAUGGGUCAGUGUGUGUCUCUAUUACCUCAUCAGGAGAAAAGGUCCUGUAUGCCUUCAGGAGUGACAACAAGGCUUAUGUUGUGAAUGCCAAAUUAGGACAGAGGUUACAUGAGCUAAAGCCCCCCAGCCAAUCGGCGUCCAUCACAGCUCUGGGUAUAUCAAAGGACUAUUACAUUGUUGUAUGUCGUUACCUGUAUAUGAAGCUGUCUGAGAUUCAUCAUCUGGAGCUAUUUGAUAUCAAGAUGGGGAAGUAUGAGCGAGCCGUCAAAGGUUGCACUCAUGAUGUGAUCAGUGAGCUGCACGUCAACAAGAUGGGCUCUCAUGCCCUCUGCCUGUGCCCAUCGGCCCAGUCCAACACCAGUCACAUAUCAGUCUGGAACUUAGAGACUGAAGACCACAAACAUUUGGCCAAACAUGCACAGAUGUCCACCAUGGGAGCUUGCAUUGACCUCAACUUCUGCCUUAGUGCUUCCAGACAAGACAAGGCACUACGCAUUUGGAACAUUAGCAAAAGGGUCAAUGACCGAGAGGGCACUGAUUCCAAGAGCAAGAAACGUGAGGGAGUGUCAAUCCUCGUUCCAAUGAUCAAUAACCCCAGAUAUGUGGUAGCCAAAGCCAUCGACAAUGGCCCACUGAGUGUCUGGAAUGUGGUGAAGGGGAAAUGCUCAGGAAGUGCUGUCCGCAUUGAGCGUGGCCUGGUAGACCAGCAUGAUGUCAUCUUAAUCCGCAACCACAUGGCCGUGAUUCUGGCAGACAGAGGCAUGUCAUCUGUUAGUGAGAAGCCCACGCCAGUAUUCCAGACAGUUUACAUGUACAACUUGAAGCUCAAGAAAUACUACAGGAAACUGACAGGUGUCUUCAUUGUCCCGUCUCCAGCUCAUGAGUACAGAAUCCUUGAAGGAGAGCUGCUGCUGGGAUUGUCAGAGAGCCGUGAUCAUCUCAUAGCAUGGAGUCUAGUGACAGGCCACAUCAAGUUCCGCAUCAAGAGCAAGUUUAAGGAGCUAGAGAGGUGGCGGGGAAUGCGACGAGAGGAAGAGGAGGAGGUCUUGCGAAAGUGCAGCAAGAGGAGCACCAGCGCCCUGAUGACACCUUGGGAUAGACGCUCAGAAUCCAUGACGGCUAAGCAACGACGACGGGACAGUGAGUUCUUUGAGGAGAAGAAGCGGUUGGAGGACCUGCGUAAGGAGAAGGAGAACGCAAUCGAGCAGUACAUCAUGAGCCAGGAUGAGAGGAUCAUUGUCUGUUGCUACUUUGCCCAUCACAUGUGUGUCUUUGAUGUGGAGAACCAGAGCCACCUAUGUACCCUUGAGGAUGAGAACUCCAUGCUGUACCUCUAUAACGCCGCUCUGACACCCACAGGGAGCUUCCUAGCUCAUGCCAACUAUGAUGAUCGGGCCAAGUGCAGCUAUGUCACCCUUUGGGACCUUCAAACUGGGCAGGUCCGCAAGCGCAUCAAGAAUGAGGCCAAUGUCUGCUGUGUUGGCAUUAACAAAAAUGCCACUCGUGUGUUGUUUGGUAAAGAGGGCGGCAGCCUGAAAGUUUGGGAUGUUCGCCGAAAGUCCACCCUGAGGAAGCUGCGGGCAUACAACAGCAUGAAGUUGACCAUGGACAGCAAGAUAUUCAUGAUUGAUGAUGGUGCAAGAGCUGUUGUCUUUGCCAAUGACAUCUCACUAUGGGAUCUGGACCGAGCCUCACUGAUUGCACUCUUCACCCCAGACAUCCGCAUCACAUGUGUGGAAGUGGUCAUGGGUGGUCAACUCAUUGUGAUGGGCCUGAGAGAGAGUGCUGACCUGGUGACGUUGAGACUCCGAGGUCGUGACAUCAAGGCAGUGGAUCUUGGGUCUGGGGUUGGUGGGGAAGAACUGUUUGGAGAGACAACUGGUGACACCACUGAAGAAGAGGAUGAAAAUGAACAUGAUGAGGAAGGAAGUGAGACUGCCUCAACCAAAGGAUCAGAAAAGACUUAACACAUCAAUGAAGAAGCUCUUGGGAAAACACUAAUUAACAUUCCAUCCUUUCCUUACUCUCUAUACGUGGAAUUAUUGCCAGGAACACCAGUCUUAUCAGCCUUGUCACCUUUAACUUCACCAGGUGUGCACUUAAUAAUAUUAAUACUGUAUUUAAACAUCUGGAGUAUGACCCUAUUUAGACAGGGUAUUAGAUCACAAAUCUCGUGCAAUCUAACCAGUCACAAGACCUGUUCUAAAAGCCAGCAACAGAUUGUGUGUUUGUUCCCAUGUUAUGGAGUGCUUUUCUUAAACAUUGGAACAAAAGAUACCAACGAAAAGUUCUGUUUGCAACAUUUGAUUGGCUGUGCAAGAAAAAGAGAACACUACAGACAUCAUCUACACAUUCUAAAACAUGUUUGUAUCCAUCCAAUGUAAAAUUCAUUGCAGCCUUUAAGUAUUCAGCAUUGAAGUUGGACAAAAAUUGCUGUAUCAGUAGGGGCACAAGGAAAGGUGACUAUGCCCCCCCCCAUUAUGUGGUAGUACUCCGGACUGAAUAUUAAGGGAGGUGUUGACAUCAUAUAAACAACACCAUUAUGUAUGUAUUAGGAAGAACCAAAGGCUAUGAUGUGAAGGCCAGAAAAGCAUGCUGAACAUCAGUGUUUAGCAAAAAUACAAGUAGUUUACCUGUCACAGUUCCAUGUUCUGUCUGUUGUAAUCACCAGUACCCAGUUUUAUUCUACUCACCCUACGUAUUCUUUGAGGGGCCGCCUUUCACUAAAUUUGGGUGUUCACCCUCAAAUCAAUUAAAUUGUGACAGCAGUACUGUCUUUUGAACAAGAAAAAACAGUCAAAUUGCAUUGGUUAAUAUGUAUGCAAUUGAUGGAAGAAAUUUAUUUUUUUCCUGAAUGGAUUGAUGUUGUGUGGCUAUUAGGAAAUAAGGAUUAGUAGUAAUGGACUUGAAUUGAUCAUGCAUUGAUUCAUUGAGGAUGCUGGGAGCUCCUUCACUAUACUUUUGCCAUCAUACAGUUAAAAUAUUGAUUGUAAAUACAUACUUCCCUCGUAUAUGUUUGGUAAGAUUUAUACAUCAACAUUUUUAUGAAUAUGCCAGAAAUUGUUGUUGAAAUGCACCUGAGCUGGUUAAGAACUGUGAAGGGUCCAUGUAGCUUUAAUCCAAUCAGAAGAUGUCUUCCUUUUCGUUUUGCGACAAAGCUAUUAACUGAAAUCAGAUUUUGACAUUGGCACGCAGUAUUUAUAUACAAGCAAUCAUGUACAGACUGUAAAUACCAAAAAGUGUUUUGUAGUUUUUUUGACUUAUUUUAAAUUGAGUUAACAGUACAUUUUCCUAUAAAUCUAGUGAUGAUAAUAAGUGAUAUUACAUCAACUUAUGUACUUAUCAACUUAUGUGAUUUCUACCUUUCACUUCACUUAGAUAAACUUAAAGGCAUUCGAGUCCAGAACAAAAUUUGUUCCCUGCAGCAAUUUUUUUCAUUCUGAUUUUAUCUAAAUUAAACUAGCAGGAACUGUGUUUUGUUUCUUUGUUUUAUUUUUUACAUUGCUUGGUUCUAAUUUAUAUUUAGUAGUAAUACAUAAAUGUUAAAAUCACAUAAAUUGAUCUUGAAAACGUUUUGCUAGGCAAGUAGCAGUGAUAAGUGAUAGUGUGCGGUGUAAAAGCUAGUUUCAAAACGUAUCUGUGACCCUGGAUUCUUUUGUCAAAUAUGAUGUAGAGAUUUUGCCUAACGUCCUUCUUAUCUCUUCGACUAUUAAGGGAGUGAGGAAUACUUAAAAAUAUACAGACAAUAAAUGAAAUAGGUGAAUGUCUACAUAAUGUGUUCGGCGUCUGUCUCCCUAGCCCAAACAUGGGUAGGUAUUGGAAAUAUUUUAUCUAAAAAUUGAUUUGAGAAUCUCAGAGAACUAUUGACAGAUAGUGAAAUUUGGAAAGGAGUAUCUUAACUUUCCACGAUUAUAGAUGUGAAAAGCUAGACCGAGGCGUUCGAACUUUUUUUUUUCGAAUUGGACUUGAUCUGUUGAUCAUAAGCCGAUCAAAUCAAAAUUCAGGACAGCUAUCGAAUUUUUUUAAACCAAAUCUGCUAAUUUUAACUACAACUUGAAAUGGAACCCAGUUGUGCAGAUGGGUCAUUCUGUUGGGUCCGACGUGUGACAUUUUUUCGUCUGUUACACCUGACGUAUACUUUGACAAGGGAUAAUCUUGGAACUUAAGGAAUGAGUUUUAAACGUUUACAAAACAUACGCCAAAUGUUACAGAUGGGGAAAAUUGGUCUCCAAAGGUAUAGAAUGACCCAAAUACUAAAAUAAAAUACUUGGCCUUUGAUAACGUUCAUGCCCGCAAAAUGAUGAAAAGAAACUUUAUCACGCACUUCGACCAUGAUCAGAAUGACUUUUCGCGGGAGGCGUUUGGUUUUGGUGGGCCUAUAUUAAUAUAAAAAGGGAGGGGAAGAAAUGACUCAUUUUUUGUCGCCUAAAUCCCUCAUCAAGAUUGACCCUUUGACCACGAUGCCAGUUGACUGCUACCGUACGCUUACUUGUAGUCGGCCUGAGUCCCAUCCAACUGACUGGGCAUUUAGAAUUUUGUGCGUCUGUGUGUCCUUCGAUUUUGCUAUCCACAGAUACUUUGGAAGGCCAGCAUUUGAAAUAAAGAUGAAUCAUGCAAGUGUUCUGUUUGUGGAAGAGACGAUCUUCUCAACCUAAGGUUCUUCCUCAAACAUCGUCAUCAUUCAAGAUCAGAGAAAGGAAAUUUAAAGAAAUUUGUUAUUAAAUAUGUUUUAAAAUUCA